AACAGCGGAUGACAACAUCGGAGGAAAAAAACAGCUAACAGCGGAAGAGGAUUGAGAUCCGAUGUUCGUUUUGGUCAUAUUAAACCCUUAAAAUAGAUAACACAACAGCUUGCAGAUGUCUGAGGGCGUCUAUGAGAAGUUUCUUGCUCCGGAAGAGCCAUUUCCACUGCUUUCACAGAGAGGAAACUUCAGCGAAGAUGCUACAUUGGAUAUUAGUGACUUUGGAUGUCAAUUGUCAUCAUGCCACCGAACAGACCCUUUACACCGCUUUCACAGCAGCAGAUGGAACCUGACGUCGUGCGGCACGAGUGUUGCCAGUUCAGAGUGCAGUGAGGAGCUCUUCUCCUCUGUUUCUGUGGGUGAUCAGGAUGACUGCUACUCACUCCUGGAUGAUCAGGAACUCACAUCCUUCGACCUGUUCCCAGAAGGCAGUGUCUGCAGUGAUGUGUCCUCCUCCAUUAGCACUUACUGGGAUUGGUCAGACAGUGAAUUUGAGUGGCAGUUACCAGGCAGUGACAUCGCCAGCGGCAGUGAUGUGUUGUCAGACAUCAUACCCAGCGUUCCCAGUUCACCCUGCCUUGUUUCCAAAAGAAAAAGUAAACCCCAUCGAAAUCUGGAUGAGCUGCCCUGGAGUGCCAUGACUAAUGAUGAACAGGUGGAAUAUAUUGAAUAUCUGAGUCGAAAAGUAAGCACAGAGAUGGGACUUCGGGAGCAACUUGAUAUAAUCAAAAUCAUCGACCCGAGUGCACAGAUAUUGCCAACAGACAGCGAGUUCAUCAUUGAACUGAACUGCCUCACAGAUGAAAAGCUCAAACAGGUGAGGAGCUACAUCCGUGAGCACAGUCCACGGCAGCGUCCAAACAUGACACGGGAUAACUGGAAGAGGAGCAUGGCGAGCAGUGGCAGCACCAGUGGUGUGAGUGCCCACAGCAGCAGUAAUGCCAGCAUGGUCAGCAGUACCAGCAGUAGUACUGCUUCCACAGGCUCCAAUUCCUCCACAAACAUUAGCCGUGCACACAGUGAUGGAAACCUGGCCACUGCUGCAGAGCGAAUACGAGACUCAAAGAAACGCUCCAAGCAGAGGAAAAUGCAGCAAAAGGCUUUACGCAAGCGACAGCUGAAGGAGCAGAGACAGGCUCGCAAGGAGAGAUUGAGCGGCCUCUUCCUGAACGAGGAGGUGCUUUCACUCAAAGUCACAGAGGAGGAAGACCAUUGUGAUGAUGUUGAUGUGUUGAUGUGACGAGAGUGAAUUAUUCAGUGUUCCUUUUAAGCCUCUUCCAUGCAGCAUUAUUUACUCUGUCUCUUUUAAACUCUGUGUUUCGCUUGUCUGAAGCAACAUCAUGACUGAAAACACCCAAACAUUAAAUACACACAAUCAGAAUUGUGUAGGGUUGCACCAGGUGUUUGUUUUAUUUUGGAUAUCCACACUAGAGGCUUUGUAACUGCAAGCUAGUUAUACAAAACAAAUCAUUUGGACUAUUUGUUCUUAAAUGUAUGCAUAGUCAUAAUGUGACGUUUACCAUCCAAUAGUAUCCUUUAAAAGUUGAUUUCAACCAAUUUCGUAACUAUGCCUAAAAAUGUUUCCAUUGAAAUAUGACACUAAUUAAUCAGGAUUUAUUACACUGUAGUUAUUAUAUUAUAGGCCGAUCUACUGUAAAUAACUUUCAGAACUAUUUGAAAUUAAUAAGCUCUAAUUACAUGCUGAUAAAUAAAAAAAAACCAUAAAAAAUGGCAUUAAUUUUUUAAGAUUUAAAGUUUUAUUUGACUGAUGCACACAGAGGUGCGCUCUUAAGGUCAGGUUUAUGGGGAAGUGCUUCGAACAAAGCAAUUCAUUCACAUAAUGUUCCUCCGGAAUA